UUCAUUUUUCAUUGGAGUUACAGGGACAGAGAACCAGUUUGGCAGCAACUUUCACUUUGACAACGGUUUGUUUUCUGCUAGAUCAUGGCUUACCAAAGGUUUAUUUCUGUCGACUUUGAGUUGUGUGGAAAUGUACAAGGUGUUGCUAUGAAACCAUACACUUAUGUGGAGGCAAAUAAGCUUGGUAUUGUUGGGAAGAUGAUGAAUACAGAGAAGGGGACCAUUAGAGGGACCAUCCAGGGCAGCAGACCACAGAUCGAGAACAUGAAGAAUUAUCUGGUAUGUAGAGGAAGUCCCUACUCUUCUGUCUCCAAGGCAACCUUUACAAAUGAACAUGAAGUGGUCCACAGAGAAUAUUCUAAGUUCACCAUUGAUCCAACAGACUGGUAGACGAUGACCACAGAGUGAAACUUCCCGAUAUGUUGAUGUUUGGAUUGAGAUUUGCACAGUAUUAUAGAGUCUUUCACUUGUUUUGUUACAGCUUUUUUAUUUGAAUGCUAUAUAUCAGUAUUAAUAUUUUUGUUGUAUUUAUUGCUCAUUUGUUUUAUACUUGGCUAUUCUUAUACAUGUUCUAUUAUGUACUGUUUUGUAUCUAUCUAUGGUUGUGACAAUAAAUUUUUCAAUAAAAAGAGUUUUCUUUUAUUUAAAAUUGAAAUCAUUAACUCCAAAAAUUUGUUAAGCUUUAUGUAGAUAUAAAAUCAGAAUGAGUUGGUAUGUAGUGUAUAAAUAUUUUGUACUUCAUUUAUUGAAAUUUCAAAUAUAAGAUACUAUUUCCAUGUAUGUACUGCUACAGUAUCUAAUAAAAUGAUGAGCAGAGUUAAA